UUUGAAGGAACUCUCUUUUGGUAGCCGAUCAUACACGUCGGCCUAUUUGUUAGAUAUGUAACGAAACCCGUAUAAUAAGAUUAAGAUCAAUUCAAUUCAAUUGAGUCCAACCAAAUGGAUAUGGAGUCAGUGAAGAAAUUCUUGGAGAAAGAAGGAGGCAACUAUAAGCUAUCUCGUUUAACAGAUUCCAUGCCUUCAAAUUUCCUUGAACCGUCUGUCUCACAUGGCCUAAAGGUUGACCUGCUUGAGCCGGGUCGUAUUCUCUGCUCUUUCCAGGUCCCUCCUCGUCUAGUGAAUGCGGGUAAUAUUCUACAUGAAGGAGCCACGACGGCUCUGGUGGAUGAUUUGGGUUCUGCUGCUAUUUAUACUGUAGGUGCAACACUUGCUGGUGUUGCUGUUGAGAUCAAUGUUUCCUACUUGGAUGCUGCUUUUCUCGGAGAGGAAAUCGAACUUGAAGCCAAAGUAUUACGUGUUGGGAAGGAAAUUGCUGAUGUCAGAGUCGAGUUGAGGAAGAAAAAGACGGGGAAGAUAGUUGCACAAGGUCGCCAUUCCAAGUAA